AUGGAGCUAGAAGUGAGGCUGCAAAAGAAGCAAACAAUUGAUAAGCAUAUGCAGGAAGAGAUUAAUAAAGAGAAAAAGCACUGGAGAGAUGUGUUGUUGAGGAUAAUUUCUUUGGUAAAAGGUCUUGCUAAAAAGAAUAUAGCAUUUCGUGGAAGGAGUGAUAAGAUUCAUGAGGAUGAUAAUGGAAAUUUUUUGGGCAUGAUUGAGGUAUUUGGAGAUUUUGAUCCUGUGAUGCAAGAACACAUUAGACGUUUUGAAAAACGUGAAACGCAUCAUUAUUAUCUGAGUCAUGAUAUUCAAAAUGAGUUGAUACUGAUGCUUGGUAAUGAGGUCCAACAGAUGAUCUUGAAGAAGAUUCGAUGUGCAAAGUAUUUUUCAGUUAUUCUUGAUACUACUCCUGAUAUCAGUCACCGGGAACAAAUGUCAUUAGUUAUCCGUUGUGUGGAUAUUUCUGAGAUGUCACCAAAGAUUGAAGAGUUUUUUUUGACAUUUUUGGAAGUCAAAGACAAAACUGGAGAAGGACUUUUUGACACUUUGCAAGAUGUAUUGCUUGAUCUUGGGUUGAGUAUUGAUGACAUUAGAGGGCAAGGUUAUGAUAAUGGAUCAAACAUGAAAGGGAAAAAUAAAGGAGUGCAAUCUAGAUUGCUUGAAGUUAAUCCAAGGGCAGUUUACACACCAUGUGGUUGUCAUAGUUUGAAUCUUGCACUUUCUGAUAUCGCUUCCUCGUCGACGAUAGCAGUGUCAUUUUUUGGAAUUAUUCAACGUAUCUACUGCUUGUUUGCAUCUUCUACAAAUAAUUGUGAAGUUUUCAGAGAGAUUGUGAAUGGUAUUACAGUCAAGCCUUUGUCACAAACUCGUUGGGAGAGCCGCGUUAAAAGUGUUAAAGCAAUACGAUUUCAAGCUCCUCAAAUACGAGAUGCUUUGUUUUACUUGGCAGAAAACAGUGAUAAUCCGAAAACAAAAAGUGAAGCCGAGUCUCUUGCAAUGAGUGAAAUCCAUGGAAUUGGGAGUUUUGAGUUUUUGUUUGGAAUGGUAAUUUGGUAUGAACUUUUGUUUGUUGUCAACAAAGUGAGUAAGAUCUUGCAGUCAGAAGAUAUGGAUAUUGAUAUUGCUAUCGCUCAACUAAAAGGACUUGUUUCUUUUUUUAGAAACUACAGAGAAACAGGCUUUCAAGCAGCAAAAGUAGAAGCUGAGCGGAUUGCUAUUAGUAUGGAUAUUGAGCCUGUAUUUUCUGUGAAGGCAAAACGCGUAUGUAAAAGGAAACGAUAUCAUGACGAAGAAGCUGAAAAGGUUGGGGAAGAUGUGAUAUUAUCAGCGGAAGAAAACUUUAGGAUCAACUACUUCAUCAAAAUCGUGGAUCAAGGUUUGGUUUCUCUUGAGACAAGAUUUGAUCAACUUCAAAGUUAUGAAAAGACUUUUGGAUUUUUAUUUGACUUGAAGAAACUAAAGUUAGCAAACGAUGACGACUUGAUGGCUUCUUGUACCAACCUUGAAGUUUUCUUGAAGCAUGGUAUUCAUUCUGAUCUAGAUGGUAAUGAUUUGUAUUUAGAGCUAAAGCUUUUCAAAGAGGUUUUACCAAAAGAGAUGAAGAAGCCUGUCGAGGUUUUGGAUUUUCUGAAAAAGAUGGAAAGCUGUUAUCCGAAUAUAUGGACUGCAUACCGCAUAAUGAUGACGAUUCCAGUUUCGGUUGCCUCUGCAGAAAGAAGUUUUUCGAAGUUGAAACUCAUAAAAUCUUAUCUUCGGUCAACUAUGACGCAAGAUAGACUGAAUGGAUUGGCGAUAAUAUCGAUUGAAAGGCGUAUGGCUGAAAAACUUGAUUAUAAAAGCUUGAUGAAUGAGUUUGCAGGAAGAAAUGCAUUGAGAAUUGUUAGAUUUGAAGAAUAA